AUGAUGAUAGAUCGAAUCCACUCUGUUCCGUCCCCGGUAGAUGAAGCUGAAGCAGACUGUCCUCUAUGGCGUCAUGGCGACGAAGACCUUCGACCAACUUUCUCUGCCACCAAUACAUGGAAUCUGACACAUGAGCACUAUCAUCGUGUACCUUGGAGCAAGCUUAUAUGGUUUACGCAGGCAGUUCCACGCUUCUCGUUUUUUACUUGGCUACCUUUCAAAGAUAAGCUGUCCACUGGUGAACGCACUCGAAGCUGGGGCAUUGUCCAAUCUUGUCGUCUCUGCGGUGAGCCAAAUGAGACAAGCGACUAUCUCAUCUUCGCAUGUCCAUUCUCGUACACACUGUGGACUGAGCUGGUGGGGUACCUUCUUGGCAUGAGGGAUGCUCCGGACUGUACUGACACAGCCUCUUUCCUUCUCUCCAACAGUGUUCCAAAGCUAGACCUUCCCCUCUUGCGUUUGGUUUUCCAAGCAACAAUUCACAGCAUCUGGCGUGAAAGGAACGCACAGAAGCACAAAAAAUGA